AUGACCCCAUUGAUCACAUUGCUCGCACCAAAUCCGAAUCUGCACAAGUCCUUUCAUGGACUCGACUACAACCCCGCCAAGACCCUCAUGCCUUCAAGGCCCUGGACGCCUAGCGCCGUGCUGCACCAAGGGUUUAAGGCCUCUUCCUCCUCCACCGUCCUCGUCAUCACGCUCUUGGCCGUCUUCUCCACCUACACCUUUCAGGUUGAGGCACACUCUUAG